CACCUGCUUUUCAUAUCAAGGUGUAACUUUAACACGAGACAGAUUAAGAUGAGGAGGGCUCAGGACACAGGUGCAAAAUAUAAAGAAAAGACCCACUUUUUGUUACCCACUUGUUAUUAGAUUACAUUACAUCUGCACCAUCUAAUUCUAACACGUCUUGUGCAGUCUACUAGUGAUCUUGCGGUGGUUUAUUGUGGCCCUAAUGCUACAAAAAGUACCUGUCCAUUGAAAAUUCAAGUUGUGAAAAAAUUCAUUGUCAUCAGUUAUUGACAUUUCUCGUUUGAAGGAGCUUCUUUUUCUUUGUCUUUGUUCAACUGAUUCAAACAAAUAAUUGUCAAAACAUAUUGCACGGUAUUUUCUAUGAACACUGUUAUUAAAGCAAGAACCAUGAAUUUUGGUGAAAAUCUGCUAAACUUUCAAGGGAAGAUUCCCAGGCCAAAAUUUUCAAAAAUUAAUACAUGUUCUGGAUCUAACCCCCUGUCCAAUUUUGGAAACAACGGACACCACGACUCGGCAUUGUACCUCUCGAGGACGACACCACCGCCGGAUUAUCUCAGUGCCAGUGGGGGCGACGGUGGAGGUGCUUCAUCGUCAUCGGCGUCAUCGGUUUCUAGUUUUGGUGGUGGGGCUAGUGGGAGUUCCAGCGAUGUAUUCACAAUUUCUAUGUCUCCAUCAAAACUCACUUCAGAUCUGGCCAACAUUACAAACCGCCUGGAUAAGUUAUAAGGAUUAUUUGCUCUGACCCUAAUCCUAAAGGCGGAGAAUUAAGUAUAUAACUUCAUUUAAUCACUAGAUCAAUACGAUACCAAUAUGUACAUACAUGCAUAAGAUAAAAAUACAUAUAUUGUAAUUCCCCUGUCAUUCACACAAUAUUGCUAAAUAUAAUUCGAAAUAUUGCGCUUUCCAUUUGCAUAAUAAAGAUUUCUGUUUUUUAAAGAAUUGUACAUAAUAACACGAUUACCAAUUUUGUCUGUCACGGUCACGGCAAAUACUGGAGUACCACGGAAUUCGUGGAAUGAAUGACAAAAAUUCACAACGUUCGAUAAUUGAUAAAAUUAAUCAUUAUCAUUUUAGUCGUACACAUACUGAUACUUACUUGACCCAGAACUCUUAAAAUAAUUUGUGACAGUUGAAUAAAUGCAAUUUUAGAGUUG